GCUGAUCGAACACAUACUGUAAAUUGGAAGCAUUUAGGCAAGAAAAUAUUCUCUUAUAAGAUGUUUUUCCCGUCAUUUACAAAUCUGAAUGCAAACAACUAAAGAAUGGUUUGUAUUUCCGGCGUCUUAAAAAAAUGGCCCGCUGACGUCAAGUUUUGACAAAAAUAGUAAUCAGAUGCCAUUGUCAGAUAUUUUCAUAAAAACCAAAUUCUCAGUACAUAAAGAAUGAUAAUUCAGGCGUUCAGGACGUUUCUCACAACUCACGGGGCAAGGUUUGGCAAAAUUGUAAAAAACCUGAGAAAACUACAUCUUUCAACUAGACGUCAAGCGAACGCUCCAUCGGGCAACUACCAAACAUGCACCGUAACAGAUACAAUGGUAGAUCCUUGUAAAAUAGAACCAUCUGUGGUAAUCAUAGGCGCCGGAAUCGCAGGACUUUCUGUGGCUCAGAGACUUGCCCAGUGCGGUCUGAACAAAUUUACUGUUUUGGAGGCUACCGAAAGACCUGGAGGCAGAGUCCAUUCGUGUUGGUUGAGCGAUGUAGUUGCCGAAAUGGGUUGUCAGUGGAUAUUCGGCGCUUGUGUGGGUAAUCCCGUUUACACUUUGGCGGCCCAAGAAGGAUUGCUGAAGCCUCCGCUGAGAAGGGCGGAUUCUUCGACUGGGUUGUUCUGUACCAGUGAUGGAAGGGCCGUGGAUCAAGCGGUCGCACUGAUGGCUUACCAUUGUUUUGGCGCCAUUAAAUCAGAAGCUAUGAAGUUAUUCACUGUCGGUUGCGGAAAGGAUCAUGGCUCCUUGCUGAACUAUAUGAGUUUGCGGAUACAUCAGGAGUUGCUGAAAUUUCCUGAAGACAUGAGAUAUGACGCUGCGAGAAUCAUGUAUGGUCAAACAAAUCGGAUAAAAUAUUUAAUGGGCGAUGAUUUGUGCAAAGUCAGUGCCGAUAACUUCGGAAGUUACAUUCAAAUACCUGGAGGUAGCGUUCAGAUUCCGCUAGGGUUUGUAGGCGUUUUAUCCCCUCUCCUUAAGGAACUUCCCGAUUGUAGUGUGAAAUUUGGGAAACCCGUGAGUCUUAUUAGAUGGGGCGCAGUCCAAAGCAGGGGAAGCAAAGGUGUUCCGCGCAGCGUGGUGCAGUGUUGUGACGGCGAAGAAUUUUACGCGGACUAUGUCGUUAUAACCGUGUCUCUGGGGGUCCUCAAGGAACACGCUGAGAAAAUGUUUUGUCCUGCUUUACCUGCCAGUAAAAUGAACGCCAUUAAAUCAUUAGGUUACGGUAACGUGGACAAAAUUUUCCUGGACUACGACAAACCUUUCUGGGUGUGGUCUGAAGGAAGUAUUAAAUUCGCUUGGUCUCCGGACGAGCUUGCUCAUCGAACUGAUUGGACCAAAGGAUUGGUGUCUGUUGAGGAAGUAGAAGGAAGUAAACACGUACUUUGUGCUUUUAUUGCCGGUCCAGAGUCUAUUGUUAUGGAACAGGCUUCAGAUGAAGAAGUCGCGGAAGGUGUGACAAAGGUGCUUCGACAGUUCACAGGAGAUGCGUCGCUGCCGUAUCCAUCAACAAUCCUCAGGAGCAAAUGGGCUUCAGACCCAUAUUUCUGUGGUUCCUACAGUUACAUGAACGUCGAUUCCAAUGUAGGUCACAUAUGCGAUUUAAGUUGUCCAAUACCGGGAUCGUGUGAUCCUGUCCCGCCCAUCUUGAUGUUUGCUGGUGAAGCCACCUGUGCUGGACACCAUUCGUCAGUGCAUGGAGCUAGAUUGAGUGGGAUACGCGAAGCGGAGAGAAUAGUACAACUGACUAAGAAAUUCGGUGGCCCACCGCCGAAAUCCUAAGGCGGAUAGAAACGAGUCGCAGUAAUUGCAGAUAAAUAUAUUUGCUUAAGAGUCAACGUUGCACAACAGUAAUUUAUAUAUAUAAUAUUUUGGUCCUUU